AUGUACUCGCUUGCCGGCAAGCGGUGCCUCGUCACCGGCGGCAGCAGGGGCAUCGGCCUCGCCAUCGCGCAGCACUUUGCCCGCGAGGGUGCCAUCCUCACCCUCGUCGGCCGCAAUACGGACACCCUCACCGACGCCCUCGGCACCUUGUCCCCGGCGCAGCACGUUGGCAGCGCCGCUGAUUCCCAGGAAGCCAAACACUCUUUUCUCGACUUCGACACCCCAGCCCCGUACGGCUACGACAUCCUCGUCAACGCCGCGGGCGUCUCGCAGAACUCGCUUCUGUCCAGCACCUCGGCCGACGACGUGCAGGCCCUGCUGGACAUUAACCUCCGCGGCACGAUCCUCGGGUGCCAGGCCGUCCUGCCGCGCAUGACGAGGCGCAAGUCUGGCGUCAUCGUCAACGUGUCCAGUCUCCUGGCCACCAAGGGAGGGAAGGGCGCGAGCGUGUAUGCCGCGAGCAAAGCCGGCAUCAUCGGUCUCACGCGCAGUCUGACUGCCGAGGUGGGCAGGUUCGGCAUCCGCGUCAACGUUCUGCUCCCAGGAUAUAUCAACACCGAAAUGACCAAAGACCAAAUCAGUAGCCAAAUCCCUCUAGGGCGGCUAGGUCGUGUCGAGGAAGUUGCAGACGCCGCGGCCUUUCUGGCCAAGAAUCCUUAUGCGCAUAACUGCGUCCUGAAUAUCGACGGUGGGCUCAGUGGCGUAUGA